AUGCACCGCUCAUAUUGUUCCGCGCUUGCCGUUGUUAUCGACCUGCUGACGGGCGACAAGGCUCGAAGUGCGGUGAGCAUCGAGAACAUCAAGGCAAAGGGUUUGAAGUCGCUCCGUGAUAGCAUGGUCGAGUACAUCUGCAAACGCGUCGCCGAAAAAAGAUCUGCGGCGCCGACUUCAGGAGCCGUUGGACCCGCCGACAGUGCGAUUGAUGACGACGGCGCGGAAAGUCAGACGGCGCCCCAAGCAGCAGCUGCCGCCCAGCACCAGCUGGACUUGCUGGUGUCCGGAGGAGGCGACGCCGUGGCAGGUGCAGGAGGAGGAGGAGGCGACGCCGCGGCAGGUGCAGGAAGGAAGGUUCAAGAUUCGGAGUCGUCGGAUUCGGACUCAGAGUCGGAGUCGGAGGGGGAGGAGGAGGACGAGGCGGCGAAAGAGAAGAAGGUCGAGGAGGAUCACGAAGAGGAGGAGGAGGAGGAGGAGGAGGAGGACGAGGACGAGAACGAUGAGGUGGUGGAGGUUGAGGAAGGGAAUGGGAAGGAUGAGGCGGAGAACGACGAGGAGGGGGUGGAGGCCGAGGUGCAGUACGAGCUGCAGUACGAAGACGGUACGGUUGUGGCGUUGGGGUCGGCGGAUGAAAAGAAUGAGGAAGCGGAGGAUGGCGAUGCGGGUAAUGCUACGAGGUCGGCAGAAGAUGGGGGGAAGGAGACGGAUGAGGUCGGCGCGGAGGCAACGACGGAACAGGGCCAGGAGGAGGCGGCAUGCGAAGGUGCGAAGGUGUCGGUCGACGCCGGCGAAGGUGCGAACAUCACGGGCAUGCAGGAGACGGAGGAAGCAUCUGGUCGGCAGGGCCCUGAACAGGUCGACGUCGAGGAACUGCUGCGGGAGAACUUCCUGUUGAGGGCGGAGAACGCUCGGCUGAAGGCGUUACUCGAUGAGGAGCAGGCUCGGCUGGACGGGUUUUUUGGUGGGUUACGUGGACUCGUCGACCACCUGAAGGAGUUGGCCGAACAGAUCGACGACACCGACAAGUUUGCGGCGCAGCAGCUGCGAAACGCGACGGCGGACAUGUCGAAGACCAUAACGGGCAACAUCACCGGCAGCUUCGACGAAGCGUGGAAGACGAUGAAGACAUUCGCGGAACAGGCGUCGGCGUGGUUGGAGGACUUCGACAAUCCGGAGGGUCGUGUGGCAUGUGCACGCGCUGAAGCUGUCGACGCCUUGGCCGAGCACGUGGAUGGGGUGGUGGGCGAAGCGAGGCGGGGUUUGGAGCUGUACAUCACGACGCAACUAUCCGCCGCGCAGGUCAACAUCGCCACCGCUGUGACCUCCAGGCUCCCCGUGCAGCCGCCGCCACCGCCUCAGCCCACGCCGCCCGCCCUCCCGGAAGAGCUCUUGAAGUCGUUCAAGGCCGACAUCAUGAAGACGGUGACGGAGGCCACCCAGCAGUCGUUCGUUGCUUCCGGGAUGAAGAUGUUGACCGAGAUGAUCGGCACUGUGGCGCCUGGUCGACGCGGGUCGUCGCCGUCGGCCAAUGACGCAGAUCAAGCGCAAAGGAGGGCGGCCGACAAGCAGGGCGAGAAGAGGACGGGCGACGGAGACGACAAGGAGAGCGUGAAGCGGAGCAAGGGAUCGGACGGGAGCCGCGGCACGAAGCCUCCUGCUCAGAGCGUGGUCGAACAGCUGAAGUCGAAGGCGGGGUGGAAGGUGAUAAGGACGUCGAACAGCAAGGGAAGCGGAAGCGGGGGGGCAGAGGGUGGCCCUGCCGACGGGGUUGCCGCUAACGUCGCUGCACCGCCUGGCCCGCCUUUGGUCGCCGAGCAGACCAAACCGCAGGCGACCUCCGGGAAAGGCGAGACCGACAAGGAGGCCCCUACUGCUCAGGCGGCGAAGGACGGCGGCGCCGGAACCACCAAGGGACCGUCCGUCGCGGUGGCGGCCAAGGGCAAGGCGAAGGCCGCCUCUGCCAAGUCGAUUCCCCGUAAGUCCCCAGCGGCUACCCCCGCGCCGGCCGGCAAGUCAGGCGCCAACAACGAUGGGCCGGCCAUUGCGGCCCCUCCAGCUCCAGCAGCACCAACUGCCGACAAGGGCGACGCGACGGCUGCUGCGGCUAAGCCCGAAGGUCCGUCACCUGCUAAGGUGCCCGCCGGCAGUAACGCGCUUAGGGAGAUGCUCCGCCGCAUGGAUGCGGAUCGCAGGGAAAUGCAGCAGCCUCCAGUGGUCGACGCCGCCCUUGCCGAAACAGCACGUCGCUCAGUCACAUCGCAGGUUGUCGGCAAAUCGACCGUUGACCCACCUGCCGUGCCUCAAGUCGCCGCCCCACCGCCCGCGGAACCCAAAUCCGCGUUUCUUCGCGCCCCUUUAGGCGCACGCAAAGCGGGAGCUCGACAAGUGACUCAGCCGGAACCCGGCAAAAGCGCGACGCCGACGUCGGUAAACGCGACUUCACCCACACCAGCUGUGGUCGAUGCUGCGGCGGAGAAGGGUGUGAGCGCGGCGCUAGCCACCGGCGGCCGAGCCAACAGGCGUGCCAACCUCGCUGCCGUUCUGGCUCAAUUUGAAGCAGCAAAACGGCCCGAGCAUGCCCCGGCACUGGCCAUCGUGGACACGGCACAUGAGGAGCCGUCGGGGACCCACGGUGAAGGUUCGGCGGAGCCGACGGCUGCAACGGCUGCUGUCGCCGAGGGAAAUGCGGGACGGAAGGGUAAGGACGACAACGAGAAAGGGAAGGCGGUCUUGCAGAGGAGCACGCGGGCGAUGUCGGCGGGGAAUGAGAUGUCGGAAGAGAAAGGGAAGAAGCCGGCACGGAAUCAGGACAAGACGGGCGGCAAACAUAAGCCGGCGAAUAGGAAGGCGAAGGCGGAAGAGGAGGAGGAGGAGGAGGAGGAGGAGGAGGAGGAGGAGGAGGAGGAGGAGGAGGAGGGGGAGGAGGAGGAGGAAGGGCAUGGACGCCGGGGUCAUGGCAUCCGCCGAGACAGGUCUGGCGACGGGCUUGGGUGGCACGCGAUUGCGUACUUGCUCUACGACGGCUACGUGAGCAAGGUGCUGACGAAGGAGCUCACCGUCUUGAAGCCGGGGCAGUUGGAUGAAUGGAAGGCGGUAUGGGAGGAGCUCAGGUUCGACGAUAUACUCGGCAGGUACCGUGGGUACGCGAGCUCGGGUGAUGCGCUUCAUGACGUGCUCUGGCCGGCGAUUUGGUUCCCCAUCAUCGAAGACACGGAGGCAGGCAAGGCGCAGACCACCGCUCUCUUGUCGGCGAUGGUAAAUCGCGUGUCGAUGUGCGCGGCGUAUGGGAAGGUUGCGGCGAGCGUGGCGUUUGGGAAGGUCGACGCGAGCGUGGAGGGGAAGGCGGGUGAGAACGCGGAGAUGGAAGGCACGGAGGGUAAGGCGGACGAGAAGACGGAGAUGGGGGCCCAGGCGUUAGCGGCAUCUGCAUGCGCCCUCUGGUGCUACAUGUCGACGGGUGCGUCGGUGCUCGGUGCUGUGGGCGAAGGGAAGGCGGCCGCGAUGGUGGCAGGUGCAGGGGAGCAGAGGGCCGAGCGCUUCAAGAAGGUCAUGCACUUGGUUUUCGACUUUGCAAAAAGUCGGAAGGCUCCCGCGGGGGAGGUUGCACAUAACGUCGCGCCAGAGCUGCAGCGCUAUGGAGUGGCCAGGGCCUUCGAGGCGGGAAUUGAGGAAGUCGAGGCCGACAUGAUCGCAAGAGCGACGGUCGAGACCUUGGCGUUCUGGGGAAUGUGCCCCGUCGCCGGGCCCAAGCUCAAAGCGGAGGGCAUCGAUGUGCCGUGUGACGCGAAGAUGGAGUACAAUCUGGAGCACAGGGGGAGGAAGGGUGAGAAGGUCAAGCAGGGCAAGGGCAGCAAGAGGAAGAAGACGAAGGCGGAGAAGCAGGCGAAGGACAGUACGGAUGCGUAG